AUGAUUUCUCUCAACGAUUUAAUCAUCGACUUCUGCAUCGAUCAAGUCAACCAGGAAAACAAAAUAAACAACAGCAUUUGCGCACGGGUGGAUGACAGCUCCUUAUCAAUUUUGAAAGACCGAGUCAAAAUUGAAGGAAAUUGCUUCGAAGAAAAGCUACAUGAAUCCGACUUCAGAAGCUACCAGAUGAUUGUUCAUCCUUUCAGAGCAGAGUGCAUGCUCAAAAGUGAAUUCUUCAUCAUGUAUUUUACUCUUGGAAUCAUCGCUGCAUCAACUCUUAUUUCCACCGGUAUUUUCUCCAAUUUGCCGCCUCUCUCGCUCAUCAAACUCAAAUCUUACUGCUGCCUGACAAGCAAUGGCGACAACAAUGAAGAAGAAGAAAGUCAAGAAAAAAUGAUAAAACCGAAAAUUUAA